AUGUCGGAAAGCAAUGAAGACCGCGAUCAAGACCAUAGAAAUAACGUGCGACAACAACCGGAGAGCAGCUUCAGGUCCACACAGACAGCAGCAGUGACGGCAGCCGCAGUAACAGCAACAAGAAGGGCAUCGACGUACAAACUCCUCUCCGAAGAAUUAUCUGAGGCCCAAGAAAGAAUAAAAGCCGGCUCGCAAGAUCCAAACAAUUAUGUUCUUGUUGGCAGACUUUUUUCAUAUCAAGGAAACCAGCAAGAAGCCAUUUCGGUACUCGAACAAGGUUUACGCGCUGUCCCUGCAGAUCAUCAACUUGUAAUUCAACAACAAAUCGACGCUGCCAAAACACGAUUGGAUCGACGUAUCGACUUUAUAGCUCAGUGUCCAUAUGAGCUCGUAUGCAAUAUCGCCAUCUACAUGGAGACCAAAACUGCCAUACGUUGUCUAUUCGUUUCUCGUUCCUGGCGCUACAAACUUUUGAGCUGUAAGGAGCUUUGGAGAUACGUAACUCUCAACGGCAGCGGCAAGAUGACAAUGGUGCGCCAGACUCUGUUUGCCGUGUCCGAGCAUAUUGGCACGCUAUAUAUUCAUGCACAACCUGGAAAAAUCCAUCGACACCUCAAUGCGCUCAAGGCGAUGGCGUCGGGCAAUGUCGACUUUGCAAGCCUAGAAGCACUCAUUAUCCAAGACAACGGUAUGUAA